GGGACCUAAAAGAUGCUUGUUCGGAUUGAGCGAAGUUCUUAGGGCUGGAAUAGAUAGAGAUGGCGUCGCCGGCAAAUUCUCAGGACUCCGACUCCGAUACCGAAAUCGAAAGCAGUUCUAAUUCUAACCCCAAUUCCAGCCCUAACUUCACUUCAGACGCAUUAACCACCUCCAAUUCGGCCAGUUCACCCAUAGUUUGCCUCCUCAGAUUCGCCGGCGAUUCCGCUGCCGGCGCCUUCAUGGGCUCUAUUUUCGGAUACGGUUCAGGAUUGAUUAAGAAGAAGGGCUUUAGAGGAUCCUUUUCAGAGGCAGGAUCUUCUGCCAAAACAUUUGCAGUUUUGUCUGGAGUUCACAGUUUGGUUGUCUGCUUUUUGAAGAGGCUGCGAGGAAAAGAUGACGUUAUUAAUGCUGGAGUGGCCGGAUGUUGCACAGGUCUUGCUCUAAGUUUUCCAGGCGCUCCUCAGGCUCUGCUUCAAAGCUGCCUCACCUUUGGGGCAUUCUCAUUUAUCAUUGAAGGUCUUAACAAGCAGCAGCCUGCACUGGCGCAUCCGUCUUCCAUGAGCAUUAAAAGUAGGAACUAUGGUGUACUUCCUCCGUUGGCAUUCCCUCUUCCAAAUGAACUUAACGAGUCCUUCUCUUACUUCUGCCAAUCUGUAAGGAAGCGCAGCAGGGGCAACAAUCGGUUUUCUUUCUAGUAAACCAGGGAUGAGAGCGGUUAUGCUUUGCAGUCUUCUGUAGAAUAUUGGAAAAAAAGUGCUUUGUAGAUUGUAGUAAUAUUUAAAACUUAUUUUUAAUAAUGAUGAUAUGCGAGUUAUGUGACAUGACUUCUUCUGGUGGUAUGAGAUCCUAAAUCUUAUGUCUUGGUUUGUUAUUACUUGUUUGGAGGCUGACUGAGCAAACUGCAAUGCAUUAAUAAGCUCCUACUUAUAUGCAAUGUAAAGGCCUGCUUUAUAUGGAGUAACCAUGAAAAUCAUA